AUGUCUAAAGAGAAUCACUCCUUGACAGUUGACUUGAUCCUCAUAGGAUUUACAGAUCAUCCAGAUCUGAAGACCCUUCUGUUUGUGGUUUUCUUUGCUAUCUAUCUUAUCACCAUGAUGGGAAAUCUUGGUUUGGUGGCAUUGAUUUUCAUGGAGCGCCGUCUCCACACACCAAUGUACAUCUUUCUAGGCAACCUGGCUAUGAUGGAUUCCUGCUGUUCCUGUGCUGUAACUCCCAAGAUGUUAGAAAACUUCUUUUCUGAGGACAGAAUGAUUUCCCUCUAUGAAUGCAUGGCACAAUUUUAUUUUCUCUGCCUUGCUGAAACUACAGACUGUUUUGUUCUGGCAGCUAUGGCUUAUGACCGCUAUGUGGCAAUAUGCCGUCCAUUGCAGUAUCACACCAUGAUGUCAAAGCAACUCUGCAUACAGAUGGUCAUAGGGGCCUACAUAGCUGGGAACCUGCAUUCCAUGAUUCAUGUUACUCUUCUAUUAAGGUUAACUUUCUGUGGAUCUCACCAAAUUAAUCACUUUUUUUGUGAUAUUCUUCCAUUAUAUAGAAUAUCCUGUACUGAUCCUUUUUUAAAUGAACUAAUGAUAUACGUUUUUUCAAUGCCAAUUCAAAUCUUCACCAUUGCCACUGUCUUGAUCUCUUAUGUCUGUAUUCUUUUCACAAUUUUCAGAAUGAAAUCCAAAGAGGGGAGAGGUAAAGCCUUCUCUACCUGUGCAUCCCACUUUGUUUCAGUCUCAAUAUUCUACAUAUGUCUUCUCAUGUAUAUUCGACCAUUUGAAGAAGGGGAUAAAGAUAUACCAGUGGCAAUUUUUUAUACAAUAAUAAUUCCUUUAUUAAACCCUUUUAUUUAUAGCCUGAGAAAUAAAGAGGUGAUAAGUGUUUUCAAAAAAAUUAUGAGGAACUAUAAUAUUCUUAAACAAACUUCAUCCUCUAAAGCAACUUAA